GCAUCUUCCCUUUCCACGAACACAGCUGCUUGUCUUGACUUUUCCAUUUGCUCAACCUCGAAAGCCAACCAGAUCAGAAACCCUCAAGAGAAAGAUGUACCAUUAGAGCAACUGAAUCCCCGUCUCGAACAAAUCGCCAUGCCGUCUCAAACACAUCCGCCGCCUUGAGCCCGCGAAGUCCGGCUACUGCAAUCAAGGGAGAGAUAAUCAGCCCUCCAAACAAACAGCAGCAGCACUAGCAAUAACACCUCACAAAUAAACCAACGACAAUGUCAAAUCCAGCACCAACAACACAAUCCCCGGACCAAAGCAUCGCCUACCUCGACUCGCUGCUCAACAAAACGCUGCACCUGCACACCUCCGACGGCCGGGUGUUCGUGGGGCAGAUGAAAUGCACGGAUAACGAGCUCAACAUCAUUCUGUCGAUGACGUACGAGUAUCGGAGGAGUGUUGCUGGGGGCGGUGUGGUGGGGAGUACUACCCUGGAGAACCUGGCUGGGAACGCAGUAGGGGAAGGCGGGGCGAUGAAGAAGAGGUUUGUUGGGUUGGUGGUUGUGCCUGGGCGGUUUGUGGAGAGGAUUGAUGUUGAGGAGUAGUUAAUGCUCGUGGCUGCACGAGGAUGGGAAGCAAUUUUUCGAUUUGACUCGUUGAAGAAUGCAUACCUAUUACUUCAUAUCGAGGUUGAGGGAAUCACGAGAGCAUAUCUUUCAUGCAACGAUGCCGCUAUUACGGCGGCUUCGUGUUGGAAGUGGCGACAUAGUAGAUACUGUAUAUACAAUCAACAAAGUCAAUCUGCGUCCAACUACACCGCAAGCCAGUUAUUUUCUCCUCUGCAGAUGCGUGAAGCAGAGUUGCCGUGCCCA